ACACUUAAAUGCAAUCAGAAAUAUAAAAAAAAGGGUAGCAGAAAAAGAUUAGCGAAAGAAGUAGUAGCAGAAUUGACUCACUUUAUGAUAAGACAACAUAUUCCUAGUGAUCAAUACAUGGAAAAAGAUAUGUUAGACAGGUUAAAAGAAAUGGCAGAAAAUGGUAAACUUACAAUGGAAGUAAUACCUUCUUUAAAACAAUUGAAAAUUAGAUUACUUGGUUUUUUAGUUUAUCUAAAAAAGAACAUGUAG